AUGCACGUGCCUGCAGCAGCAGCCGCUGCCGGCACGGCCUACACAGGCAAAUGGCUCUUCGACUACAACCGCGCGAACUUUCAGUAUGACGUUCCCCAGCGCUUUGGGCGUUUCAUGACAUCUCGUGGGAUGCUGAACGCACAAGUGGGCCAGUACCGCCAGGACGUCCACGGAAUCGCAGAGUUGACAGCGUCCAAGAUGGACACCGUUCAAGCCAUGAUGACCCUGGUGCUUUGUGUUUGCGCUGCUCUCUCGGAUGCGGGACGCAUUGGGAUGCAUGGCUGCGCUCCUCCCCAGUGGCUUUGCGGACUUUACUCAGGCCACAUCUACACAUCGAUCUUGUACUGCGGUACCGCGCUUUGGCUUGGCAUGCAUGGAUCACUCCGUGCCCAGUGUGCCAUGACGUCCUUGCUCACGCGAAAGGUCAGGCUGCCAAUUCCGUCGAUGGCGCAGCUUGAUGCUGCCCGAUCGUUUGGUUCCGCCUUUGAGCAGCAGAAGUUCGGCGAUAUUUUCCGAGUUCCAUUCAUGCGCCAUCCAGAAGAUGCCCCAGAACUUCCGGCUGCUGAUCCUGGCGACUCUGGGGAGGAGGACGAGGAGACGAAGGAGAAAGGGGGCAAGGAUGGCAAGAAGUCUGGAAAGAAGAAGGCAUCAAAGGUACAUCUGCCUGAUCCAAGAACGGAGUUCAGCAGCACUGCCCGCGACACGGUUCCUUCAUGGAUCCGCGAUGAGCAGGUGGUUGACAAAGGCGGCGGACUUGCGGGGUUGCCCACUCGCGAUGACUUCGAACCCCACGAGACUCCUGAACACUUCAAGAUGUUGCUUACAGCCCAAGAGGAAUGGUGGCAGUACGACGUCUAUGCACGAGUCCUCAUGUUGUACGGAUCUUGCCAAUUCUUGUACGCUGUUUGCUAUUAUUGUAUUGGCACCACUACGGCAGAGCUGCGUGGCUUUUGGAUCUCCUGGUCCAUGCCCAUGUUGUUUAUGGCUGCCCAAGUACUGAUCCUCCGCCUGGAUGUGGUCCGCACCUCCGGAAAUCACAUGCUGCCAAAUGCGGAGUGGAUUGGACACCUUGCACCAUACUUUGCGGUCACAGCCACGACGCUUGAGUACCGACACCUUUAUUCACCUACCACGGUCAUUCUCACGUGGAUCUUCGUUUUCUUGACGUACUUUGCACACUUUGUUAUGGCGUUGCGCUUCCUGGAUUUGGCGUGGCCAGAUUGGAAUCGGGCAACGGACAUGCCGGAUGAGCCAGGGAAGCCAUGGUGGCCUUCUUCCUGGAAAGUCCCCUCCGCAUUUCGCAACGCCUUGUGGCUCCUGGCUCCACCCAAGAAGCUUGAACCGGGCCAGCACGACUUGCUUCAUGAAGCCGAGGGUUUGCAAAGUGCUGGUGGCGGAGUGGAGAUCCGACGCCGAGGUGGCAAGGAGAAGAAAGGUAAGUCGGGUGGCAAAGUCAAAGAGGUAGGAGAAGGACUGGUGUCCGACGAAGCUCCAGGUGAGACGUCUCCAACAACUUACCGCGGCGAGGCAGAAGGAGCUUACACCGGACGAUCGCCAUUCAGGGCCUUCGCUGAAGCUCGAUCACCGGACCUUCCAUGGCAGCUGGCUCGUGUGGCAAUUUGCACUGUGGGUUUCCUUUGGUUGUACAUGGCCGUUGCGCUCUUUGUUGAGAUGAACGUCGGGCCAGAUACGCUGAUGAAGCCUCCGGGAGAGCCUCCAUGGAUUCGUGAUCAGAAGAUGAAAACCGUCUGGGUCCCCAAGGGAUGGCACAUGAGCAGUGAGCCGCUACCCAGUGACUACAGGCUGGAGUCUUCGACCUUGGCCAAAUAUGAAGAUAGUUCGGUUGGUGGCUUCAAUCCAGACGAUAUCCAUUCUCCUGGAGUGGGGGAGAGCGGCGUACAGGAGUCCCAUGGUGGUUCCGAGCACGCAGGUGCGGGACAUUCUGGCGGAGACAGUCAUUCUGCGCACCGGCGACUGGCAGGUGCAGAUGGCCAGCUGCUACGUGACCUAUUGAAGGCGACAGAUGGCCUCACUUGGCUGCACGACUCACUUCAAGAGAUGGAGGCACACCAAGCAUCUCCUUUGUACGAGCUGCCGCCAUCACCAGCUGCUCCCUCUUUUAUGGCACCAACGACGGUGAAUGCCAAGCAGGUGAAUUGGCCGGCUCUCUUUGAACCGCAUCAUCUACUGUGCAGGGGAUCCCAACUUAUGGCACUGACAUCCCGUGGAUUUGGCGCGCAUCUUCACGAUGUUGAAACCGAAAAGGUUGACGCUACACCCUUUGCUCUCGAGGGUCUUGGAGCCGUCCGCUCGCUUGUGGGGGGGGCUUGGCUGGAUGAGGGCCUGCAGCUCGUUACGAAGGUUGGAGAGCUCUUCGACUGUCCUGGCGUGAUGCCGGUGAAAGGCCGCUGGGCGUGCAAGCGCUCGAGCACAAAGCUUCCGCUUCCACAUGGAUCGCAGCUUCUUGCAGCUGCAAUUUCGAAGCCGGAGGACUCCGGCCGUCUUGUUGCUCUACUCUUUGAAAACGCUCCCACCAUCGUGAACCUCUUCCAUGGUGAUGCUGCCAGCUGGACAUCAGCGGGUGAGGUGCAUCUGCCUUCCGAUGCGGGCCAUGUUGGUCUCUCCAUCUCUGGCAAGGAUAUCCUUGCACUUCUGGGCACCGGUGCGGUACUCCGACGCAACUUUCACGAAGGAGCUACAACAUGGCAUCCCCCACCACCAGCAACGCAGCUGCCCAGGGAGUACCGAGGAGCAUGCGACAAGGACGACCCGGGAGUAGGUGGAUUGUUUCGUCUUGCCCUUCGACAAGCCGCACCAAAGACGGAGGCUUGGCUUCCAGAGCUUUCCCUGGACUGA